AUGAAGAUAUCCAAGAAAAAUACAUCACAAAGUAUCGAAAUUGUUGACAAGCACGAAGGAAUGAAGGAAUUUAAAAAUAAUGAAAUAUGUAUGAAAAAAAAAGCCAAAAAGCCACCUUUGUCUAGUAUUCCUCAAAAAAUAGACGCAUUUAAAAACGUAGAUUUUUGGCUUAGUAAAAACAGCAACACUGAGCAAAGCAAAAGCUUUUCGUCGGGAGAUUCUGGUAUUAGCUCAUGCCCUGUUUCACGUGCGAACACGAAUGAUACAUUAUCAGAAUGCUGUACAGAGGAAUUCAGGGCGUUCCAGAAUUCACAUCAACGUCCUUCGAGGUUUCAAGAACGAUGUACAAGUAACGAAUGUGAGUCCGAAGAAGGAAAACAAAAUGCAGUUCAUUCGUCCCGUGAAUCUGCCCGAACACGUCACAGAUGUUCAAAGUCAUAUCGAAGAUCGGUUCGGCAUGACCUCUCAAUUACACGUCAUAUUGUUCGAGUUCGAAAUGAGCAAAAUAAACGAGCUCAAUCCGUUAUGGCAGCCAUUCGACUGAAACAACCAGAAUCGCAAGCAAAAUCAGAAAAUAGCAAGAAAAAUUCUACAUUUUACGAAGACUAUCAAGAUUUUUACUGA